GUUCUGGACCAUUGACCGGGAGAUCCCGCAUGGGCUUGCAGCAACCACAAGUAUAUGGGCUGUCGCGGUCGUCCAUGACUAUUGCGGUCAUUGAUCGCACCCAUCACGAUUCGCAGAAGCGAAUACAAAACAAAGUCGGCACGUAGAGUCCAAGUAUUGAAGCUCCCUCACUUCGCAUGCUGCUGCUCGCCAUCUGCUUACCUGCAGCUCGGAUACGAAGCUGCGCUCGACUGUAAGCCAUCAUUUGGUCCUUGGCGAUCACGACAUGGAUCCGUAUCAGGAUUUCGUUCAGGUGGCCUCGCCAUACACAACAAUACCUCCAGGACUAGACGAGCCGAUACCGCUGAGCCCGAGAUGGGUUGCCCCAAUGGCCCUCGCAUUGUGCGUUGUCGCGCUUGUCCUCCCGAUCUUGUCUGCCCUAGCCCUUGCCUCCAAAGGCGGCGCAGUAGCUCUUCUCACGGACCCAGAUGACCCAAGCGGCCUGUCAUCAAGCAGCUCGGACACUGAUCCAGAUGGCGAAAGGAUACGCGAGCUGGAAGACACCUCGCCAGAAGUGCAGUAUGACGAGCUCAUAAGCCACGACAUGGACCACUUUGACCGGUACUCAUCCUGGCAGAGCUUGCAGGAAUGCGUCUUCUGCCUAGACCCGUUGAAGCCGAAUGACAUGGUCCGUCGCCUCCCCUGUGGCCACAUUUUUCACACUCGAUGCAUCAUGACGUGGUUUUUACGGGAACAUCACAAUUGUCCCCUUUGUAUGGCUGGCUUCCUACAUAGGGACGUGCUGUAAAUGGUCUGUGAGCGGCAAGCAAAGACGCAUAUAAUGUCACUACCACACUAGACCGACCAGGAACAAGGGGAAUACAAAAUUGAAGAGCCUCUUGGAUGCAGUUUCAACGCAAUGACAUCGAUGGAAUCGAAAGCAAUCGUGUGAGGUCUAGAUUCCCAGCAGCAGGCUCAUCGAUUCAUUCUAAGAACCCAUUGUUUCGAAAGCCCAGACUCAACGGUGCCGCUUCUGGUUCUGGAAUGUCUACGGCCUGGGGUAAUGAGAGUCACUGUUAGGUCUGCAUACAUUUAUCGAGAUGAAAUCGUUUAAAGUGUGGGAG